CAUGGCCGAGCGGGGCCGCUUGGGCCUGGCCGGCGCGCCCGCCGCGCUCAACACGCCCGUGCCCAUGAACCUGUUCGCCACCUGGGAGGUGGACGGCUCCAGCCCCAGCUGCGUGCCCAGGUUGUGCAGCCUGACCUUGAAGAAGCUGGUGGUCUUCAAGGAGCUGGAGAAGGAGCUCAUCUCGGUGGUGAUUGCCGUCAAGAUGCAGGGCUCCAAACGGAUCCUGCGGUCCCAUGAGAUUGUGCUGCCCCCCAGUGGACAAGUGGAGACCGACCUGGCGCUGACCUUCUCUCUGCAGUACCCUCACUUCCUGAAGAGAGAAGGCAACAAGCUCCAGAUCUUGCUGCAGCGGAGAAAGCGAUACAAAAACCGAACGAUCUUGGGCUACAAGACGCUGGCGGCGGGCUCCAUCAACAUGGCCGAGGUGAUGCAGCACCCCUCCGAGGGCGGCCAGGUGCUGAGCCUCUGCAGCAGCAUCAAGGAGGCCUCGGUCAAGGUGGCCGAGAUCUGGAUCUUCUCCCUGUCCAGCCAGCCCAUUGACCACGAGGACAGCGCCAUGCAGGCAGGACCCAAGGCCAAGUCCGCAGAUAACUACUCCGAGGAGGAGUAUGAGAGCUUCUCCUCUGAGCAGGAGGCCAGUGACGAUGCCGUGCAAGGGCAGGAUUUGGACGAGGAGGAUUUCGAUGUGGGGAAACCCAAGAAGCAGCGGCGAUCGAUAGUAAGAACGGCGUCCAUGACCAGGCAACAAAACUUCAAGCAGAAGGUCGUGGCGUUGCUGCGGAGGUUCAAAGUGUCAGAUGAGGUCCUUGAUUCAGAGCAGGACCCUGCAGAGCAUGUCCCUGAGGCAGAGGAGGACCUGGACCUUCUGUAUGACACGCUGGACAUGGAGAACCCCAGUGACAGUGGCCCAGACCUGGAGGAUGAUGACAGUGUCCUCAGCACCCCCAAACCAAAGCUCAGGCCCUACUUCGAAGGGCUAUCACACUCCAGCUCGCAGACGGAAAUCGGGAGCAUCCACAGUGUCCGGAGCCACAAGGAACCUCCGAGUCCCGCCGGCGUGCCUGAGAAGACUCGAGCCCUGGGAGGCAAGCAGCCAAGCGACAGCGUCUCGGACACGACCCCUCGGAGUGCCACACCCGCCCCCGGGGAGCAGCCCGCACAGCCCGAGGACAGCCCGGAGGCGGAGACCUCUGCUCUGGACGUGUUCACCGAGAAGCUGCCGCCCAGCGGGCGGAUCACCAAGACAGAGUCCCUCGUCAUCCCCUCCACCAGGUCCGAGGGGAAGCAGGCUGGCCGCCGGGGCCGGAGCACAUCCCUGAAGGAGCGGCAGCCCGCGCGGCCACAGAACGAACGGGCCAACAGUCUGGACAAUGAGCGCUGCCCGGACACAAGGAGCCAGCUGCAGAUCCCCAGGAAGACCGUGUAUGACCAGUUAAACCACAUCCUCAUCUCUGAUGACCAGCUCCCUGAAAACAUCAUUCUCGUCAACACCUCCGACUGGCAAGGGCAGUUCCUGUCGGAAGUCCUGCAGAAGCACACGCUCCCCGUGGUGUGCACAUGCUCUGCCGCUGACGUCCAGGCGGCCUUCAGCACCAUCGUCUCGAGGAUACAGAGAUACUGCAACUGUAACUCGCAGCCGCCGACCCCCGUGAAGGUAGCCGUGGCAGGGGCGCAGCAUUACCUCAGUGCCGUCCUGCGGCUGUUCGUGGAGCAGCUGUCCCACAAGACCCCCGACUGGCUGGGCUACAUGCGCUUUCUCAUCAUCCCGCUGGGUUCCCACCCCGUGGCCAGGUACCUGGGCUCCGUGGACUACCGCUACAACAACUUCUUCCAGGACCUGGCCUGGAGAGACCUGUUCAACAAGCUGGAGGCCCAGAGCGCCGUGCAGGACACGCCGGACAUCGUGUCGAGGAUCACCCAGUACAUCGCAGGUGCCAACUGUGCCCACCAGCUGCCCAUCGCGGAAGCCAUGCUGACCUACAAGCAGAAGAGCCCUGACGAAGAGUCCUCUCAAAAGUUCAUUCCUUUCGUAGGGGUGGUGAAAGUUGGAAUAGUGGAACCAUCCUCAGCCACGUCAGGUGACUCAGAUGACGCGGCCCCCUCGGGCUCCAGCGCGCUCUCCUCCACCCCACCGUCCACGUCUCCCGCGGCCAAGGAGGCCUCACCCACCCCGCCUUCCUCCCCCUCAGUGAGCGGGGGCCUGUCCUCCCCCAGCCAGGGCGUUGGUGCCGAGCUGAUGGGGCUGCAGGUGGAUUACUGGACGGCAGCCCCGCCUGCAGACAGGAAGAGAGAGGUGGAGAAGAAGGACCUGCCCGCCACCAAAAACACGCUCAAGUGCACCUUCCGGUCUCUCCAGGUCAGCAGGCUGCCCAGCAGUGGCGAGGCCGCGGCCACGCCCACCAUGUCCAUGACCGUGGUCACCAAGGAGAAGAACAAGAAGGUGAUGUUUCUGCCCAAGAAAACCAAGGACAAGGAUGUGGAGUCCAAGAGCCAGUGCAUCGAGGGCAUCAGCCGCCUGAUCUGCACAGCCAAGCACCAGCAGAACAUGCUGAGGGUCCUCAUCGAUGGUGUGGAGUGGAACGACGUCAAGUUCUUCCAACUGGCGGCCCAGUGGUCCUCCCACGUGAAGCACUUCCCCAUCUGCAUCUUCGGACACUCCAAGUCCACCUGCUAGCCCUGCCCCAAAGCCCUGGACGGCGAGCGCCGGGAGGGCCCAGCUGCUUUUCUGUUAACAUUUCAGUUUACUACAGAGACCCUUAAAAACACAAAGAGAAACAGUCUUAAGUAUGAACGUGCUCUCAACCUGGAAACUUAUGGGGAGGCUGCCCCCCCCCCCCGGAGCCCAUUAACUGCUCUGCUCAUUAACCAGAUGUGCCGGCGGGGUGGGAGGCCAGGUGGACGGCGCUGAGCUCUGAGAAUCACGAAAGAUGUGUUUUGGCCUCAGGACCUCCCGAGCCCCCCAGCAAGAAGGGUCCUCGCCCUUGUGUCCUGUCCUUCCAGAAAGCCAGGACUCUGCUUCCUCAGGGAGCUGGGGUCAGGCGG